UACACCGUGACUACAUGCCAGAUGAUGCACUGAGGGUGGUUCUGAUUAAAGACCAGCCGCUAUGCAGUGCUGGUACUUGUUGCGCGGCGUGUAGGUGUCUGUUGGGAAGGAAAGACUGAGUCCAAGAAGCCGAAGAAAAGAGAGAAGUGAAAGAGCAGAUAGAUCGACAGAAGGCCACGGUUCCCCCUCACACACACACACACAUCACCACGGCCUUGAUGGUGAUGUAUGCAAGGAAACCAACAAGAGUCAGCGAUGGGUGCACCGACAGAAGGGAUUCACAAUCCUAUCAGACCCAUAAAUCUCAGCCAAAGAGCCAGUCCAGCAGCCUUCACCGUUACGAAAAGGUGCGUGAUGGCUCGUCGGAUCCCACACCCCCUUACAAGAUGCUGCGACGCUCAGACGAAAGUCCUGUCAGCAGACAUGCAGACGGCACAGGACAUGGCAAGGCAAAGACCUCCCACACAGUUAGAGGAAAAAAUGGGACCAGCGGUUCUCCUCAGGAGAACUCUCACAACAACAGCUCCCACCAUGGCUCCGACUCGCAUGCGACUCAGAGCAAGCCUGCAGACAGGCACCAGGACCCAGCAGACGACUGGACCGAACACAUCAGCUCCUCUGGGAAGAAAUACUACUACAACUGUAGAACUGAGGUCUCCCAGUGGGAGAAGCCCAAGGACCUGUUGGAGAGAGAACAACGACAGAAAGACUCAGUCAAGAUGGCGGCAAACAGUUUCCCCAGGGACAUGGACUACAGACAAGAGGCCUUGCAGGACAAAGCCACAAAGACCACUUCAGGGGACCAGUCCACAGCAUCCAACUCCGGCCAUUCCUCCUCUUCCUCUCAGAGCCUCAACUCUGCUCCUGGUGCAUUAGGUUCCACCCCCUCCACCAUGCCCUCCUCCUCUUCCUCCUCUACGGGGCAGUUGCCUCAAUCUGUCCAAUCCCAGUCGCCUGCCUUGCUCCAGGACCCGGCCCUCCUGCAUCAGCUCCUGCCAGCGCUGCAGGCUACUCUGCAGAUGAACAACGGCAGCAUGGACAUGGCUAAGCUCAAUGAGGUCUUGGCAGCUGCUGUCACCCAAGCUUCCUUGCGGUCUGUGCUUCAUAAGCUCCUCACUGCUGGACCUGCUUUCAACGUCACUGCUUUGCUCUCAGCUGCUCAGCACUCCAACCAAGCCCAGCACUCCAGUCAGUCCCCUGUGUCUCUGACGUCAGAUGCAUCAUCACCACGACCGUACGUCUCACCACGAAACGGCACACCGCAGAGCAACCAGAAAUCCCUUCUGGGCGUGCACCCCGGCAGCAUUGCGUCCUCACAAACCAGGGGCAGUAUGUCUUCAGGUAAGCAAGGCUCAGCCCCCAUGGCUCAGACCACAGAGAAGCGUCCAGAAGAUCCCAGGACUCUCCAGCAGAGAAGCCAGGAGAUCCUGUACACUGGAUCAAGCAUAUCCGGUGCCGCGUUGCCCCACGUCCCUUCCAGCAGCACCAGUCAAACCCAGGCUGAUGCCCCCAGUUCCUUCACUCCCACCCUGGCUGCUCAUUUUGAUGAGAGUCUCAUCAGACAUAUCCAAGGAUGGCCUUCAGAGACCACUGAGAAACAGGCGGCUCGGUUGCGUGAGGACAUCCACAACAUGGGCAGUCUGUACAUGUCAGAGAUCUGCACAGAGAUGAAAAACCUUCGCUCCCUGGUCAGAGUGAGUGAAAUUCAGGCCACACUGAGGGAACAGAGAAUCCUGUUUCUGAGGCAGCAGAGCAAAGAGCUGGACAAGCUGAAGAACCAGAACUCCUACAUGGUGUGAGGACCUGACCAGAGAUGGAAGGACAGGGAUGGAUGGAUGAAAAUAAUGUUUAAUGAAAGAGGAAUAGGCACGGACAGUGAGCUGCUACAGCCUGUUUAUUCUCCCUGUAAGAGCAACAGAGAAAAGCUGUUAGAAGACGGCAACUGACAACAUGGAGCUCCAUCAUCCUGAACAUCUUCUUUUCUUCUCUUUUUUAAAAAAAAAAAUUGUUUUUUUCCAGUGUCCCACCACAUGAAUUGCUCUCGUUGAAAGGUGAAACUGAUGGUUCACCGAGUCGGACACUUUAACAAGUGGACAGAAAGGACCUGAGGCUCUUUUCAGACAGCACCUUUUCGGACUGUGAACCUUGGAUUGUGUGUAUUGUAUCGGGUUAACUUGUUUUCUGGUGUGUUUUUUGAUGUGUAGUGGUCAGGAAAAGAUUACAAUUCAUUCUUGGAAAAAUAAACUAAAACAUCUUAUAAUUGAA